AUGCGAAAAUUGUCAAAUAACUUUCAAAUCAACAUGAACUCCUUAACCGUUUUAUUGUUCUGUGCUGGUGUUAUUGCAGCGAUAAACGGGGCUGUGUUAAAUCCAGCUGCACAGUAUCAAAAGUUCUCCAACGAAUGCAAAUCCUCUACCAAUACAGAUGAAAAGGAGAUUGAAAAAAUAUUUAACGGCGAUCCAAUAGAAGCUAACGUAGUAGGUGAUCAUGUGCUGUGCAUAUUCAAUAAAUUUAACAUUGAAAACGAUAACGGGGAUAUUGAUCAAGAAAAGUUUAGGAAGGCCUUAGCUGUAUUCACCCCAGAACACGACAAACAUGAUCUAGUUCUCAAAAACUGUUUAGUUAAAAAAGGAGCCACACCCCAAGAAGUAGCAGUGGAACUUGUUAAAUGUACUCGAAAUUACGUCACGUUACUACGUCCAAAUGCCAAUGCUGUUUAAAAAAUAUUUUAACGUUUUCUCAUUAAAAAAUUAAUUAUAUAAAUA